AUGAAAUUUAAGCGUCGAUGCCACAAUACCUCGACUGUUGUUUACAAGGGCGUGCCACACGACAUUCUUUAGAUCGUAUGCAGUGGCAUUUGCACUCGAACAGGGUUAGACAGCCGAAUAGACUUUCGAUAACUUUCCGAUGCUCGGUCUGGACUUAAAAUCGAUCAAGGCGCUGCUGAAGCGCAUCGAGAAGAACGAUGGAUCCGCAAUUCCUGGUUUGUACGGCUGUCACGACAACCAUAAGCGCUUGGUUCAGCGCGCUCACGCGGUUUACCUACACCUUAAAACAUUGGUUGUUGGUUCACGCGUGACCAGCUCGUAUCUCAAAGACGUUCUCUACGCGACUUUUGGGAUUCGGACGACUGACGUGACUGUCAGAAACGAAUUGAGCAGCGAGGGCGUGUCAUACAAGAAAUGCACGUUUCAAGACAGACGCGCGUUCACUCCACCAAAGUCGAAUUGACGCGUCCGCUAUGUUCCCUUUUACGUUCAUUUUUUUUGUCCAUUGACUCAAACGCUCCUCUUCACUUUACUUUGCAGUUUAACGUUCGACGUCUUGGUCUUGACAAACGACGUGGCAUGUUUGUAGAUGAAAUGUACUACAGCGCCCACGCGUGCGGGAGCAAGUACGGGUAUGCCAAGACCGACGCGCGUGCUUCUCAACGAGACUUGGGAAAAGGAGAAAGCGAGCACGUCAUGUUCAUAGCUGCCGUCUCCACUGAAAAAGUGCAUUGCGUCAUGCCAAUUCCUGCACCAGUAUCUGUUAACGGCCUCCUUUUUGAGUAUUACUGCACGCAUUUCCUGAUUCCUGAGGUGAUUCGGGAGAACAAGACUUACGUGGUCAUGGACAACGCUAAGCCUCAUCUUAGGAAUGUUUUGCGCGCGAUUUUCGCUCUGCACAACCUGGCUGUGUAUUUUUUGUCUCCGCACUCUCCUUGGCUACAACCAAUCGAGAAGAUCUUUAACAUCGCGCACGUGAAGUGCAACAUGGACGUCGAGCACACGCGAUCUUCCUUCAUUCGAAAUGUUAUACAGGUCAUGGAAUGCAUAUCCCCAGAUGAGUGCGAUGCGUGUUGGAGGGUGACGGGAUGGACACGAGUCUGCGUUCGAUUUAUGUAGACUAGUCUAGCAACUUAAAACAAGUUUUAUUCAAUCGUUCGUAACUGUAUUUC